AUGGCCAUCGUCAGUUACCGCGAAACUUUGAGCGAAGUGUUAUACACAAUUGAGGAUCCCAAUAGCCCCAUUGAAAAGGAAGAGAUUCCAGCAAAGCAGAUUUUAGCUUCGCAGCCUUUACUCGUGGAAAUCUAUCAAUACAAGAACGACGUUACAAUCGAGACACGUCUAGACAACAGAAUUCAAAAGUAUGACCAACUCUCUAGAAAAUCACAGCACAUGAUCAUUGAUUACUUUGAAGUGGGUCAUUAUAAGGAGGGCAUGCAGCUGAUAGAGAACCAAGUCGCAUCGCACAAGAAACCACCGUUCAACAUCUUGAUUACAUUGAUCAACUUCAUCUUGCAGCCCAAGAACGAGCUACGAAACAAAGACAAAUUGGUCAAGCAUUGGUUGGAAUGCAAGCGAGCACAUGCGCUUCUCUUGGAUAUACUGAGCCUGUAUGGACCCGACAUCUACUUGCCAGUGUUUAACGAAUUCAGAUCAUUCGAACUCAUAUCCAGCAAAGACAAAAACAGCCUGCACGAUGAUAUUUACGAGCUAUUGAAUACCAAGCGACUAAGCGAAUACAGAGAUUUCUGGAAUUUCACAGACAGAGUGCUAUCAGCCACUACCACAGAUCUAGAGACGAGAUGCAGUGGUUUGGUCUUGGAUUUCUUUGUCAAUGUGCUGCAAAUCGAUCUCAAGUCAAGAGUGCAUUGUGAAUCCGAGGUCAUGAAGUCCAUUUUCAUGCGCACUUUAAAGCGAGAUGCCCUCAACAAGCUUAGUAAAUUUGACCACUACCUCAAGCUGUUAUUACGUGAUUUUCCAAACCAAAACGAAGAUCUGUUUCAUUUGACAGGCGACAUUUUAAACAUGAUCAUCACCGUAUCCAGCUUUGACAAGGUAUCCAGCGUGGAGGAUCUGGUCUCUCAGACAUACAUCCACUUUCAAGAGAUGACAACGGACGCCUCCCAGCAAUUUAUGCAAAUCAUCAAAUACCCAUCCUUUAUCUUAGCUCUUUGCGAUUUAGCACUUGCAGAUGCAGACGUCUCAAUGGUGCCUGAGGAACACAGGCACUAUCGUAAACAAAAGCACAGACCUCUCACAUUACAAAAGCUGUUCCUUUACGCAUUCAAAACACUGCCCCUGCAGCCAGACAACCUGGAAAGCAUUUACCGUCAUAUUGCCGUGGUGUCUAAAUACUGUAUGUGUGUCUUGUCAACAGCAACUGUCAGCCACAAGAGAGACAAUACAGAGACCAACACUGCAUUUCCUAGCGAUCAAUUAGAGUUGCUCAUUGGUGAAAAAGACGAGGUGAUGGUGGACUGGGAGAAUACCAUUGAGAAGCUGUUGCGUGAUAACAAGUUUACUGGUGACUUACCAACAUUGGCCAAGAUUCGUUGGUCCAUGAAGAUGGUCAAAAUAACACUGACUGAGUAUUUCUAG